GGCAUAUCUGAACCAUUCUUCGAGGAUUGGGUGCUUUCUGAACCCUCUCAUUUCCUUACUCCUGAGACACUCCAUCACAUUCAUCAAGAGUUCUAUGACCACAAUGUGAAGUGGCUCAUUUGUGCAGUGGGGGAUGCUGAACUUGAUUUUCGCUUUUCUGUGCUACAGCCCAUCACAGGGUUUCACCAUUUUCAGGGCAGCAUUACAAAGCUCAAACAAGUUACAGGGCUUGCUCAGUGUGACAUCCAGCGCUCAAUCAUUGCAGUUAGUGCAGAUGCAGUGUAG